AUGAUGGUGAACCACAAUGAGUUCGGUAUCACGGAGGAGGAGUUCGAGGAGCAUGGCAACGACGAAGCCGCCGUUCAGGACCUGCUCCUCCAGAAGAUGAAGAACUUCAUCACCAAGCACCCCGAGGCCGCGGGGGACGACGCGAUCAAGACCCUCACGGCCCUCGCGGUAGACGAGCUGCUCCUGAACGGCAACCUCGAGAAUGCCCGUCUCGUCUUCCAGCCCGUGCCGUUCCUGAAGUUCUUCAAGGAACAUGGCGUCGCCGGCAUCGACUCCCGCAGAGCGGAUCUCGACAAGGCGACGGAGGAGGUGAACGCCGUGGCGACGGAGGCGGGUAUGCUGGAGGCCCUGACCAAGGCCGUCGGGUCGAACUGCAAGUGCUUGACGCUCUUCACCCCGGGCAACCCGCUCAAGCCGCAGGAGGAGGAGCCCGAGGGCCUUACGUAUGCGGAGAGUUUGGCGGCCCCUUUCUUGAAGAUCCCGGUAAAGAAGACCAACGCCACGGGCCAGGACUCUCGCCUUCACGUCGAGAUCCGGAGGCUGCCGGCCCCGCACGACAAGGCUCCCUACCUGUGCAUCCUCAUCGCCCCGGCGAGCCGCUACGUGUUCCACUCUUUCCCCAUCGAGGAGACGCAGGCCGACAAGGCUUUCAUGCACGUGCUCGAGGGUAUCGUGAUGGGAGUGGUCACCGAGGGCAUGGGCAUGAUCGAAGAGGCGGUGCGUAUCCGGCCGGCUCAGCUGACCACGACCGACCCGCUCCUGGCGAACUUCUUGUCGCCGCUGCUGGAGGGCACCCGCGUCUCGGUGGCGGCCUCGUCGGACAAGGUCGUCAACGCCGACUCCGACGCCAAGACCAAGGAGUCGCCCCUCAUCGCCAUCAUGGACGGCGUUUACGCCGACUUCUUCAUUGACUUGACCAAGGCGAACUCGAAGCGCAAGCUCCCGAUCGGAGACAACAUGUCGGACGAGGCCGCGUUCAAGGUCAAGUCUCGUACCGCGUCGGGCAAGGAGAAGUACAUCGCCGACCCCGAGAAAGAGAAGAGGAAGAUCCCCGAAAAGAUGAUGGCCUGCAAGGGAUGCAACCAGCUUAAGCUCCGCAGCCAGGUGAAGCAGUGCUCCCUGUGCAACGAAGUGUGGUAUUGCGGCAACGAGUGCCAAGCGAGCGACUGGUCCAAGGGCCACAAGAACGACUGCUCCCGCAAGAAUGAGGGCAAGAAGAAGGGCAAGGGCGCCGGUCACGUGUCGGAGGACAGCGGCGACGACCUCGGAGACCAGGCAGCCAAGGACGCCCUCGACUCUUUCGCCAUCGACCUUCACAAGGGCUUGGGCGGCGGCGGCGCCAAGAAAAAGGCGAGCGGCAAGAAGAAGGGCAAGGGCAAGAAGAAAUAAGCGGAGAGGAUGCUACUGCUACUGCAGGCGUGCGGCGGCCUAGGGUUAUAGUCGUCGUGUAGGCUACAGGCAUUUUCGGAGGAGGGGGGGUCCCGCGACCUUACGCAAAUGGCGGCGCGUCGGCUGUCGGGAUCUCUCGGGACCUUUGGCAAUGGCGGAACAGCGCGGUGGGAGGUCUCUCGGCCUGACGGGGCUUGCUGUUGCCGCCGCUGGCGGUGCGUGCCCGCUUUUGGCUUCUGCGACGCGUGGUGUUAGGCCGGCUGUGGUGGAUCGUGUCCGUCUUCGGCAGCAGCGGGUGCUCUGCGGUUGGUGGAGGUGUCUUGUUGUGACUGCAGUAGGUCUGUCUGCGGGGGCGGGGGAGGGGGGGUCGGACGGACGAUGUGGCUCGUCCUUCCGUGAGAGGAAAGGAGCGGAAAGGAGCCAGCCUUUUCUUGAGUUGAGUGUGCCCGGUGAUCUUGGCGUGUUUUUUAGUUUUUUUUCUACGCCCCUGCCCGAGCCAGAGGGUAAGCGCAGCUGGUUCCGACGGCGGUAAGUAUGCCGUGGAGGCGGCGGAAUGUUUGUCGUUUCGUUUCUUUCAUGUUCUAUGUGCGUGUUUUUAGUCUGGCUUUUGCGAAGUCUCUCGGUGCGCGCGCGCGUGUUGCUGCGCUGUCACCACGAUCAAAAAAGACCCUUUUCGCUUGGUUUCGAGUGGAGCCAAUCGGCCAAUUAGUGAGGGUUUGUGGUGUGUGUAGGAUAGAUGGGUGUAGAAUGUUGGUGAUCGUUUCUUUCCUGCGGCGAUAGGGUUGAUCGUUUCUUUCCUGCGGCGGUAGGGUUGUGGUUUCCCUGAUGCUGACCAGGAUUGGUCGCGCUGUGCGCGCCGCGUGUGAGCUGUUGCUUUUCCUUCUCGCCACCGGUCGAUGUUUGUUGGUAAAGCACAUGUAUACUAGGUGUUGUUGGUGCAUCAUGUCAUAGGCACCCAAGAUUUCGGAAAAGGGGGUGGAGAGUUGAAGACCCGUCCUUUCCCAAAUGUGAGACCUUUCGGUGCUCGUACGGGUAGUACGUGGUGGUGGUUUGUAUUUUACGAUACAGGUUCGUUCGCACAACACCUCACGCAUGAUGAUGAUGAUGAUAAUGAUGAGAGUCGCGCUGGAUGGGUGUCUUCCUCUUGGGGAGUGUGAGUCUUUGUCUUGGUCGAGACGCCCUUCAGAAACUACUACUACUGCUGUAGUCUUGCGCACCUUCGUGACAAACGCCCUUUAGGGUGGCUGUCUGCUUUGCCCUUUUGCCCAGGUUGCGGGAGAUUUAGCUAAUAGUAAAUCUACACAGCCCCGCCAUUUUUUGGCGAGGCACCAAAGGU